CAAGUGGAACUAGAUGGAGUGACAGGAUACUUACAUGCUUUGCUUGCAAAGACGAUGAUGGUGUAACCCAGAUAUGGGAUAUUCGGUUUUCGCAUGCCGUGGCCGAAAUAGACGGCCAUCGCAAACCUGUUAACUCGUUGGCGUGGGGUAAUAUGCAUCCGGAAAUUAUAUGCACUGCAUCGUCCGAUCAGACAUUCAAAAUGUGGUCGCUCACGCCAGGCUCUCUUCCUGUGCACAAUGCGUACAACAGUUUUGUCGAUGUGGAAGACGAGUAUUCGCCAAAAUUCAUUUGCAGUGGAGCUGAGGGCAUUGGACAGUGGUCAAGCAAAGACUCCAGUCUUCUGUUUGUAGGCGAAUUCAGAGAUCCAUGCCUCAGUCCUGUUGUUCACAUCCGACCGUCACAGCAUUGGCGAAACUUGUACUAUUGCAUUACCUGCAACGGCCAGCUCAGUGCACUGAAUGUUCGACGAAACACAAGAGAAGAUAUUGUCCCUCAUCGUUACGAUAUUGAAAAGGACCCUAUGGCUUUUGAUAUUGAGAAAGAUGUAUUUGGGCGAGAGAUAGGUAAAGCACUUGAGAACCUGGAUCUCCUGAAAUCCACACCGAAUCCGGAUGAAAGGACUCUCGCCAUCAUUCGCGAUCUGGAGGAAAUUAUGACGUUCACGCCGCCUAUUGACCCCAGUACAUGGGAACUUGGCUCGUUGCCAAAGCUAGACAAACAUCAGUCUCGACUGUGGAGUAUAAACGAUAUUCAACAGGCUGGGUUAGAGACAUACGAAGCGGAACUCACCCACUGGACAAGAUAUAUGCCACCUGGCCUCACUCGGUCCUAUUUAGACCAGCACCUGCCCAAGUCACUCGUCAAAGUCGUUACAGAGAUCCAUGAUAGUCCUCCUCAACCGAUAGAGGAGGCGAUGGCAUCCGAAAACUCUUCCCUGUUCGAGUCCGUGUUCGAGGAACCGCUGGUAAGCUAUCCUACUGCCACUACGUUUUUCAGCGCCAGCAGUCAGGUGGACCCUACCGAUAGCAAACCUCCAAAACCAAAACAUCACUGGAAGCCAGCUCUCAGCUCCAUCCGCCGUACCAUGUCACUCAAUAGACGAAGCAACAAGGUGGAGUCUAGAUCUGCUUCUGAGGACGACACGUCCACCCUUAUAUCUCGCAAAUCAACCAGGCGACAUGGGUUAUACUAGAAGUGGUGAAAGGAAACGCCCCUAUGUAUACCUACCUAAACCGCUGUUUUGUAAUUUUUCCUUGGUUGUACAUGUAUAAAAUCGGUUUAUUGUUGGACCCCAAAGUAAAAAAAAAUAUAUAAUUAUGAAAUCAGAGAAACCGCCAAGGUUGGGUUGUUGUUCUUACAACUUCACGCCAAAGCUGUAAAUGGUCUUGCCCUUGUACUGCUCACCAG